UCUGUUGCAUGCAUGUUUUCUUUAUCUAAAGUACACUUUACGAUCUUAGUGUCUCUGUUCAGAUUUUUCAUUGGAUUUAUAGUAACCAUAUAUUUAAAGUCAUGUAUUUAUAGAUCGAUGGCGUCCAAACGAAACAAGAUUUUGCUCGGAGCAGCGGGUACUGUCGGGGCUGGAAUACUGUCAUGGCGCACGUUGUUUCCGUGGAUAGGUUACGACAUUAAAAUGAUGAAACAAGGUGGUAGACUGAUGAAGAUGUUUGCGAAAGAUUUAGAAGAUGGGCUCUAUGUUAUUGAUAUCUUUGAAAGAGACGUUGAAAAACACCCCAAGAAAGCUUUUGUUAUAUUUGAGGACAGAGUAUAUAGCUAUGAGUUUAUGAAUGACCAGGCUAACAAAGUGGCAAAUAUAGCAGCCAAAUGGGGACUGAAAGUUGGUGAAUGUGUUGCUAUAAUGAUUGAGAAUGAACCUUCAUUUAUCUGGACAUUUCUUGGUUUGCAGAAAUUAGGGAUAGCUGUAGCUUUUAUAAACUACAACAUAAAAGGACAACCAUUGGUUCAUACAAUACGUGCAUGUGAAGCCAAGGUUCUCAUAGUAGGAACAGCCGAUAGAAUAUUUCACUCGGUGGAUGAAGUGUGGCAUAAUAUAGCUAAUAUUCCGAUCUUCGUUCAUGGUGGAGACCGAGGUGAUAGGUAUAAAUCCUGGGAUAGUUUGAUGACAGCGGCUCUACCAGUACCGGUGUGUCGCAGUGUGAGACAAAAUAUAAAAACGAAUAUACCGUCGUGUUACAUUUUCACGUCAGGCACUACAGGUUUACCAAAGCCAGCUAUCGUUACACAUCUGAAGAGUGUAGGUUUCACGAAGUUCUUUCAAUUCUUCAACUUCGGACCAUCAGACAUUGUAUAUACAUGUACACCACUGUAUCACAGUGCGGGAUUCGGUCUAGGACUUCUGAACACGAUUGACCAAGGUGCAACAAUGGUACUGAAACGAAAAUUCUCAGCUCAUCAAUAUUUUGAUGACGUCAGAAAGUACAAUGUAACAGUGAUACAGUAUAUAGGAGAACUUUGUCGAUAUCUUCUGUCUGUGCCAGAGAAUCCAUUAGACGGUCAACAUAACGUAAGAGUGGCAGUUGGAAAUGGAUUAAGGGCAGACAUAUGGGAUCAAUUCAAACAGAGAUACAAUAUUCCAAAUAUUUGUGAAUUCUUUGCAGCUACCGAAGGAACAGCUGGUUUUAUAAAUUUGAACAAUCGGAAAGGAGCAUGUGGCCGAUACUCGCCAUUAAUGAUGUAUUUGGACAAAACGAAGAAGGUGUUUGUGAAGAUAGAUAUUAAUAGCGGUGAAGUGCUGAGAGAUAACAAUGGACGCUGUAUACCAGUCAAAGUUGGUGAGCCCGGUGUGUUGCUGAGUGGUAUACCAGAGAUGUUAAAAAAUAACCUUCAGUUCUACAAGGGUAACCGAGAAAUGAACGAGAAGAAACUCGUAAGGGACGUUCUUGUUGAAGGCGACGUAUAUUUCAACUACGGAGACUUGCUAGCCAUGGAUUCAGAUUAUUUCCUAUAUUUCAAGGACAGAAUUGGGGACACAUUUAGAUGGAAAGGUGAAAAUGUGGCAACAUAUGAAGUUUCCAAUGUGCUAACUCAGCUAGAUAUAAUACAUGAUGCAAAUGUUUAUGGUGUUGAAAUUCCAGGCACGGAAGGGCGUGCAGGAAUGGCUGCCAUACAUUUAAAUGGUGACACGAAAAUCACUCCGAGUGUACUAGAAAAAAUAUUCCGUCAUGCUACAGAAAAUCUGCCAAUUUAUGCCAGACCUUUAUUUCUACGAUUUCCGACAGAAGAAGCUAUAACUACGACACACAAACAACAGAAAACACAGUUGAGAAAAGAAGGUUUUCACCCACAAGAUAUAGAUGACCCUUUGUUCUUUUAUGAUGUCAAAAGGAAAACAUAUUCUUCCCUUACUGUAGGAAAUGUCGAUCAAUUGCUGACAACGUCUAAAUUGUAACUCUUAAAACUGUUACAUAUGUAAUAGCUUCAUGCAUACACCUUGUAGAAUAAGAACAGUGGUGUACAGUUAUUGUACAUUAUUGUACAUUAAAAGACAUAAAAUAUAUCAAGUAUAUGAGAGUGAUAUCUCUUAAUAUCUGUCUGAAGAGACAGAUAGAUAGAUAUUGCUAAAAUCUUUGUAAUUAUUUAAUUGUUGUAUUUGUAUCUUCAGGUUGGUGUAAAAAGAGGGGUAUUUGAAUAACAGCAUUAGUUUAAUGUUUUUGUUUAAUGUUCUUUUUAAGUUGCCCGAGGUAAAAGUCAUUUAAUGACUUAAUAUUUUUAAACAUGUUAAAAUAUACAAGCGGCAGAAAUAAAUUUUAGAACAGUGGUAUUUUGGUGUUGAUGUUUUGUUGUUGAU